AUGUCGACCAGCCGCAAGCUAAAGAGUCAUGGCCUGAGGAGAGGCAAGAACCGAGCUCCUCACAAGGGUGUCAAGAGGGGUGGCAGCAAGAGAAAAUACCGGAAGAGCAGCCUGAAGAGUAGGAAACGAGGCGAUGACGCAAGUCGCAACUACCGAGCCCAAGUGUGA